UAAGUUGACAUAGUCAUUUGUUCACAGUAAUAUAGCCAGGACAAAAGAAAAUUGAUAAAUCUCUUUAAUAGUUGUUUUUGUGAAACGUGCAAUAGAUGAUUUUACAAACGGAUUUAAUAUUAAAAAUACAGUUUGAAAAGAAGACAUGACAGUCGUCAAAAAGAAGCUAGCAACGGAAUAAUUUCUUCCGGAAUCGUACGAAACUAAAUAAUUACAAACGGCACGAUAGUUUUAUUGAUGAACAGGAAUCGAAUCUUUUUGACAUAACUAUGCAGUAAAGUUAUAAAAAGGAUUAGUCUUGUGAAUGAUAGUCUUAUUUCUUCUCAUACCCGAAAAGAAUUUAUUAUACCACCAAUUUUAUCUUCACACAGGAGAAGAGAUACCCUGUUGACAUCACUCACUUUGUUUGAAAAAACUACUGCACACAGAUUAAAAUAUUUAAUCAAGACAACAGUUUCCUAAUACUGGAUAAAUGUUUAUCAUUGAAGUUAGUUUAUUUAUAGAGUACCCCGGAUGUCAAGUGUUGGGUAAACAAUCUAUUGACUGUUUUAUGGACUCUUUACUGGGUUCAUUGUUUAACCGUUUGGUUUCUAUAUAAAACACGCUUGUUUGUUGAACAUCUUCCAGGCCAUAAUCCGCUUUAGGGUCAUCUUCUGUGUGUAAUCUUCUUUUAGAAUCGUGGAGUUAAUUUGUCUAAUUGAGGGAUUGGUGAAGAGUCAAGUGGUCUUGUGUACACUGUAUAGACAACUUUCCUGUUAUGACAUUGAUUCCAUAGAUUUGGAUUAAAAACACUGUUCUUUUUUUAAAACUUCUACAUGACCAUUAUAAUCCUAGGAGUCUGUAUAUAAUGGUUUGACUAAUAACCGAAAGAUUCAUAUGGAAAUGAACAGCGCUAGCAGUAAAACCGGAUAGUUAUCUUCUGUUUUCUUUAAACGUCUUGGGAAUAUAUUCUCUACCAUAGAUAUUGUUGAAUUGACUUAAGUUUUUGAUAUGAAUGCCAUGUGAUAAGCACCUUAUACAGAUCUACUCGUGGAAUACAAAGAGAAAAGAUUAGAAGCUAACAACAUUUUACUUCGCGCUUCAACAAACUGAUGUUCGUGUUUCUAUUUGUUACAAAACACUCGAUAUAUUAGUAUCAAACAUAUGCAAAAGACAUGUAUAACAUAUCGUUUCAUCAGUAUUUAAUAGUGCAAAAAGACAGUCCCAUCUAAAAAAAAAACCUCUCCGGUUUGGAUUCGUGUCUCCGUAUUUACUUUAAACGCUGUGGUAUAACAUUACAGAUUAUGUUAACAUAUUUUGUAAUUUGAUGCAAACUUUUUAAGUGUGUAAACAUUUUACCUACAUCAAAGAACAUUUAUAUGCACAUCACCAGUAUAAAAAGUGGAAAUCAAAUAAUUGCAUUAAAAACAAAACGUUGACCAUCGAUUUAAAUCUGAUAGCACUGAUCCGACAAAUUUGAACAAUAAGUAUAUUAUAAUUGAGUAAACAAUUUGAAAAGUAUCUCAAUAUAUAUUGAGGACACCAUUUAAAACUGAUGUGAUCGGUGGAAGAGAUGUUGAACACGCAGUAGGAUAACAAAUUUUAUUACUCAUAAGAUGGAAGAAUUUCCGUACUUUAUAAAAGCAAGGUCUAAAGUAAAAGUAACUACAACAGUUCCACGUGGAUGGGAACCAAAAAAGAAAAAGCAUGCUGAUGAUGGGAGAAGAAGAGCAGGAGUACUGCCUCCAUUACAAGUCAAACGGGAACCCACUUUCCAUAGACAACCAAAGGGCAAUACAACUCUGUCUAACCCAGAGGAGGCUGGUGAUGCCCACUGGAAUAAGCAGUACAAAAAGUAUACCGUCGAUGUUGACAAAAGAGUUGUCAAUCAUCUAAGGAGAGUUUUAAAUAAACGAAUAGAUGACCACAUGAACAGUUUAACUGAGUCAGAAGACAAAGAAACGCCCGACAGUUCAACCAGUCAAAAUGCCCCUAGAAAACAACCGACUAAAAGGCCUGACAUCUUCAAUCGCUAUAACGAUAUAGAAGUCAUUAAACCAAAGAAACAAACACCUAAAGAGGAAUCAAAUGGAAAAGUUGAAAAUGGUAGGGCUUUACCUGGUAUCAAGAAUGACCAUGGACACAAAAAUGGACACUCCGCAGUAACUGUAAACGUUACUAAUACUGACUCAGCAGCCGAUGAAGCAGACAGCAAAGCAGAAGGCAAUGACACCACAAAGGGCAAUUUGAGCGCGGAAGAGGACGAAAUCCUUGAUAUACCUCCAUUUAAUCUUGAAGAUGAUUCAAGUGACUAUGGAGAUUUUAGACAAUGCCAGGUCAGCCCCGUGCCGACUCCAGUAUUACAAAGGCCAAUGACCAGAGAACAAACCCGGAUAUCACACGAAGACAAGGUUUCUGACAUUUUAAACGGAAACGUAAAUAGAUAUUGUUCUGCUAAUAGUAAAACAAUUAGGAUUUACCUGUCUUCUGGAUUUUCAGAUUCAGUAACAGAAAGAUCAGUUCUAAUGGAAAGAGUCUUUCCACAACUCCGUAAUUUCUGCGCAGCCAAAGGCUUUGAAUUAGACGUUUAUGAUCUCCAUUGGGGUUUGAAAGACUGUACUUUUGAUGACCAUUCAUUACCUGAGACAUUUCUUAAUACACUUCAUUCUUGUCUGAGCUCUGAGUAUGAGAUUAAUAUGGUACUAUUCCUAGGAGAGAAAUAUGGACCAAGCAUACUACCAGCCAAAAUUUCACAAGAUGAUUUUGAGAAAAUUAUACAGAAAACAAGAAGUCAUACAGAAAAUGAGGUUGAAAAGAUACGAAAACGUUUAAAAGAAAUAGACGAAGUCAAGGAAGAACGUGAAAGGGAAGAUAGUGGAAUAACUUCGGAAAAUACUGCAAGUGAUUUAAAUGACAAAGAGCCAUCAUCAGCGGACAUUCCACAUCAAAUAAACUCUGCAAACGACAUCAACAAGUUCAGAUCUCACGCUGAAACAAUCAAACGAGAAGCAGCGGUAGUUAAAAUGUUACAGGAGAAACAUGAUUCACUUCCUAGUCCUGCCUUAUUGAUGCAUUGGUAUAAACUGGAUGAAAAUCAUGUCCCACCUAUUUAUAGACUGCAAAAAAUUAGCUCAGAGUACUCAGAUUUUAUUAAAGGUGAUUUUUCUAGACGUGAAGCUGGACGCACAUCGUGGAAGGAAGUGGAAGCUAAAAUUAAUUCAGUUCUUAUGCAGAUUGUUCCAGAGGUCUUCCCCGAUGAGAAAUCUAGGAGAAAAUUUUCGAGUUCAUUAUUGGAUCUUGAAAUUGAGUACGGUAUUGUUAACUCAGAUUCAGCAUGUGAUCAUUGUGUUGUCAUUCACCGAACAUUAGAACACAUCGCCUCUGGGAUUGGUCAAGAGUCCAAUUCUGACUACAUUGAUGUUGUAAAUAGACGUCUGGAAGACACGAAACACAAUCGAAUCACAGAGUAUCGUGACAAUAUACACACAAUGGUUUCUGGAGCUAAUGUUUUGCCUUAUGAGAUUGAAUGGGUUGCUGGAGGAAUUAAAACGAGUGGUGGUCGUUAUCAGCAGGUUUACCUCGACAAAAUGUGUAAGCAGCUUCAAGAUACAAUACAAAAUCGCCUAUACCAGGAUCUGGAAGCUAUGAAAAAUCAAGAAAACAAGAUGAAAUUAUUUGACGAAGUGUCACAUCAUGUCAGUUUCUGUCAACAAAGAGCAAGAAGUUUCCAAGGUCGUCAAGAGCAACUACAGCUUAUAAAAUCCUAUCUUUUAUCAAAUUGUCGUUCUCCAUUGGUAGUCUACGGCCCUGGUGGUAGUGGGAAAACAGCUCUACUGUCAAAAGUAGCAAGGGAUACAAAAACUUGGUUCAAGUCGGUGGAUGCGAGAAUAGUUAUACGAUCCAUUGGUAAAACAACAUCAUCAGUAAAUGUGCGAACCCUUCUGAGAGAUAUUUGUCAACAACUAUGUUUGAUACUAGAUGCAGAUGACGAAGACAUGCCAACGGAGUACAAAGGACUUAUGAACUUUUUCAAUCAACUUUUGUCACAAGCAACAGAACAGAGUCAUUUAGUGAUACUUAUUGACUCGCUAGACCAACUUACAGAUGAACAUGAUGGACGAAAGAUGAGCUGGUUACCAAAGAAAUUACCACAUUAUGCACACGUCAUCGUAUCAACUAGUCCUGAUGAAAAAUAUGAGUGUCUUCCACAAUUGAAGAAGAUGUUGCGUGAUGAUGCGUUUAUUGAAUUACCAGAUUUACCAGUUGAAGAUGCAGUUGAAAUAUUAAAUCAUUGGCUAAUGAAAGACAAUCGUGCUCUUCAACAAUACCAGUUUGAUUUGAUUAUUGAUAAGUUCACUACAUGUCCUCUUCCACUUUUUCUCAAAGUCGCAUAUGACGAAGCGUUGUCGUGGACGUCUUACAUGGAUCCUGAGCAUUGUAAAUUGAUGGAUACUGUCAAGAAAAUGGCCGGUUUCAAAUUUUCUAAGAUGGAAUUAAAAUAUGGCGAAGCUACCAUUAAACGUGCGUUAGGUUACAUUGCUGCUUCUAGGAGUGGAGUCACGGACAAUGAGAUGGAAGAUCUUCUGUCACUUGAUGAUGCUGUGAUGGAUGAAGUUAUGGUUCGUUAUACACCUCCACGUCGCCAUUUUCCACAAAUCAUAUGGGUCAAAAUAAGAGAGGAGCUUAAUUAUUACCUGACUGAAAGUAAGACCUACAAUAUCAAUACGAUAAGAUGGUCGCAUGGUCAGUUUAAUGAAGCUGCAAUAGACCGAUAUCUUAAGAACAAAGAUAAAGCACCAUCUUACCACAAGGCAAUGGCUGAAUACUUUAUGGGAGAAUGGGCAGAGAAACCAAAACCCUUUGGAGGAAAUACUCGAGGAAGUCUUCGAUAUGUUUCUUCUCAGCAAAUGUAUUUUGAGUCAAAUGCCGAGGGUGAGGAAAUUUUCUACAAUGUAAGGAGAACUAAUGAACUACCAUAUCAUCUUUUAAAUUCACAGCAAAUGGAAAAUUUCAAAAGUCAUACAUUAUGCAAUUUUGAAUGGGUUCUUGCCAAGUUGUGUGGAACAUCUCUUAGAGAACUGGUAGAGGAGUAUCAAACAGCUCUUUUGACUGAACCAGGUGACAUGGACCUAAGAACACUAUCCGAUGCCAUACAACUAUCUGGAGAAGCACUUACUAAAGAUCCGAGACAGCUAGCGUCUCAAAUGGUAGGUCGAUUACAUGGAGUUCUAGCCAAAGAUGUUCCGACUUCACCAGGAGACCCUCGAAAAUAUCCAUUCUUGCAUACUUUUAUGAACCAAGCAAAAGUGCCGUCUGUUUUAUCUUUAAUUCCAUCAAUUGGAUGCUUGACACAACCUGGAGGUGUAUUAUUUGACCUACUUUCUGGACAUUCUGAUCCAAUAACAGCAGUGACCUUAACAACUGAUGGAUUAAAGGCGCUCACAUGCUCAAAGGAUAAUACAAUGAAGUUGUGGGAUCUAAGAACUGGAAAAGUAAUGCGAACAAUUGAAAACGUUGGAACAAAUGUUCGAAUGAUUCGGCCUGCUAUGAACAAUGCCUUAAUAGUAACCGUAGAGGGUAGUGUUAUAAAAGUUUGGAAUAUCCGCUACAAUGAACUUGUACUUGUAAUAAAUAAAUAUGUAGAUCCACCGGAAAUUGGCAUUGCUGGUGAAGGGAAAUAUUUGUGUGCAUUGUUUGAUGGUAGUAACAUGUUGCGCACUUGGAACUUAAGUAAAAGUAAUUAUCCUAUGCUGUCUUCUGUGACUAUUGACAAUCAUAAAGUAUUUCAAGAAAGAUCUGUUCUUAUUGCGCCUAAUUCGUUCGACGAAAGAAUACUUGUUGCCUUUAGGGGAGCAAACGUGGGAGCAGUUCAUCAUGCCAGAACAGGAAAACAUAUGCACACACUAAAUUGCAGCGAAGAUUCCUCCUCCGUUACAAGUCUUGGUAUUACGAGAGACUAUUAUAUAAUGGCAUGCAGGCAAAAUUUUAUGAAACUUCAUGAAAUAUUUCAGCUUGAAUUGUUUGACCAGAAAAAAGGUCGAUACCUCCGUAGUGUUCGUGGUUGUAUACAUGAUCGCAUUACUGAGAUGCAUUUAAAUUAUAUUGGAUCUCAUGCCAUUUGUAUAAAUGCAAACGAACAAACAAGUACUACAGAUAUAGCAAUCUGGAACGUGGAAACCGAAGACCACAAGCAUUUAGCCCGUCACUCGGGUGAAUCUACAAUGGGGGCUUGUUCAGAUUUUAGAUUCUGCCUAACGGCAGGAAAAAAUGAUCGAUCUCUGCACAUAUGGAACAUAAGUGCAAAAAUAAAUCAGAGUCAACCCAAGUUAAAAAAGAACCUUGGCGUGAAUCAGAUUGUGCCAAUGGUUGACAAUCCAAGAUAUGUUGUCGCCCGACAAAUGAACAAUGGUCCUGUAAGCAUAUGGAAUGUUGCAAAAGCAAAAUGUUUGGACAAGGCUGUCCGAAUAGAAAGGGGACUCUCGGAUUCAUCCGAUGUCGUCCUUAUUCGAAAUACAAGAGUUAUCAUAUUGACUGACAAGGGAUUCUCUGCAAAUACAGAUUCAUCUAGACCGGUGUUCAAAACCCUUCUUACAUAUGAUCUUCAGUCAAAACGCUUCAUACGUAAAUUAGACAGUUGUUUCAUCCCGCCAUUACCGGCGCAUGAAUAUGUUCUCCUCGAUGAUGACCGUCUCCUUAGCUUAUCUGAUUCUAGAAAUCAUUUUGUUAUUUGGAACAUGAAUACAAGAAAUCCAGAUGACAGAAUCAGACCAAACUUUGCAGAAAUAGAAAAGAAAAGGGGAAUUGGAGUUAAAGAAAAUUCUUCCCUUAUCAAACCAGGUCUUGGAGUAACAAUGACGCCAUGGGAUCGUAGAUCCGAAACAUUGUCGGCGAAAAAGAGGAGACAGCAAAAGGAAAUCGAAGUUGAAAAGAAAAGAAUAGAUGAACUAAAAAAUGAAAAAGACAAUAACAUUGAUCAAUACGUCAUAAGUGGAAACCACCGUAUUAUUGUAGCCUCUUUCUUUGCUCAUCAUAUGUGUGUAUUUGACAUUGUUGACAAAAAACAUACACAGACUAUGGUGAGUGACACUUCCAUGUUGUUUUUACAUGUGUCGGCUAUCACACACGAGGGAGAUUAUAUAGUUCAUGCAAAUUACGACGAGGAAAAUAAGAUGAGUUUUGUCACAUUGUGGGACUGCACAACCGGAAAUGUUAAAAAACGAUUGAAAAAUGAAAGUGAUGUCAUGGCAUUGGGAAUCACAGAUAAUGCUUCACGUGUCAUCAUAGGCAGAGGAAAGAAUGAACUGCAUAUCUGGGAUCCCAUGUACUCUAGGUCGUUACAAAAGAUAAAAGGUUAUCGCGGUUUAGAGUUUAGCCCUGAGAGUAAAAUAUUCGUCAUAAACGAAGGAAAGCGAGCUGUAGUAUAUGCUGGAGAUAUUUCCAUUUGGGAUAUUGAAAAAGCAUCCGUCAUAGCAAUUUUCACACCCGACAUGCGUAUUAACUGUGUAAAUAUAGCGCUAAAUGGUCAGCUGAUAACAUUUGGUCUACAAGAAGUUCCUGACGUUGUUACUCUUAAACUUACGUCAAAGAACACAUUGACAAUGUUAGAGCAAGGUGGGGAAGAUAUGUUUGGUGAAGCUCCAGAUGAGUCAUCAGAAGAGGAAGAAGAUGAAGACGAUUAUGACUAGUAUGCAAACAUUUGAUAUUGUUUCGUUUGAUGCUGGUGUCCAAUUCCAAACAAAAGAAACGGUAAAAUCCCAAAACAUAGAAUGUUAAUUCGUUCAUAACAUUAAAGGAGGAGGUAUGAGUCAUUCGCUGUGCUAUGAAAUGCAAAGUAGAUAAAAAAAUCUAUUUUUUCUUGGUAUGUGAUUAGUUUUUUUUAUCGACAUUCGUUGGUGUGUUGCCUAUAUUAAUCCUGUACUUCGGAUCAAAUUUAAUGUAAUUUUUCAGAUUUGACUGUUUUUACUAAAAUGCAAACGUUUUUACGCAAGUUUCAUGGAAAAUAAUGAUAUUGAUAUAUGGCAUACUUGUGAACAUCUGAAGGUUCAUAUUUGAUAUACUCAUAAUUAAGUUUGAUUUUCAAAUUCAAAGCAACAGCAAAUAUGUGGCUGUAGCAAACCUUCUUCCUGCAUGUGCAUAAUAUGUUUAAUGUGGUUUUUUUUAAUUUUACACUUUUGUACCAGCUUGUCAUUGUUCAUUGACAAAAUGUCAUUUUUCAUCGUUCUUUUCAUAAAAUCAUCUGUAGAAAUGGCACACAAUUCUAUGUAUAUGUAUGAAAAAAAAUUUCUUUCAUUUCAUCAUUGUCUUCUCAUUAGUCGUUAAAAAUCCCGAUUCAGUAUUGACACAGACACUGUGUUGACAUCUUAGUUGUCAGUAUUGAAUACUGUUAUGUUCUUAUUAUUAUUUCGUUAUUUUUUGUGCUCGUCCAAUAUUUAAAAAAAAAUUUAUAGUCAGCCUUUCUCAAUCAAGUGUUCAAUGAUAAUGUAAACACAUAGUAAAGUGUUGUCUUGUUAUUCAGUAUGUAUCAAGCUUGCAUUUGGUUUCCCUCGUAUUAGUUUGUUACCCAAAUUUAUUUUCGCUUAAUCAAAUUGUUACUAUUGAACAGCAGUAUACUACAGUUGCCUUCAUUUAUUCCUUCGUUUUUGUAUAUCUGGCAUGACAUUUGUAGGAAUAACUGUUAAGGGCAUCCGAUACGGUUUUGAUCCAUAUGGAAAUUUUGCUGACAAUUUGCAUGUUGGCUAUUUUUUGUCUGAUUUCAUCAAAUAUGUAAUAAAAAAUAUACCUUCAUGUGCCACUUUUUGAGAAAAAUCAGGUCCAAAUUUAAUAUAUUUGCUUAAAAUUCGGAUUUGUGUACGUAUUUUUCCUUUCGACAGAAAUACAUAACUUUUUUGUUUGAAAAGAUAAACACAAGCUGUUUCGUUCAAUUAUUUGUUAAUUCCGUUUAUAUAAAUGUCCUUUAAAUUUGUGUUAUUUGUUUUUCAAAUAUCUCAUAUUUAUCAAAUGUUCACGAAUGUAGGAAAAAAACUGUAUUUUUUUGCUGUAUAUUCAUCAAAUUUAAAAAACAAAAACUAUUUACGUUUUCAUAAAAAGUGUUGCACAUAAUCUUCUUACGUAAUCAAACCAAAUGGCAUUUUAAAAAGAGGGGUACAUGAACUCGUUUUAAGUCCGAUAAGUUUGAAUGAUAAUAAUCAGUCGAAAACUGAAUCUUUUCCCAAUAAGUCAUAGUUUGUCGUCGCGAAAAAAAACACCAUUUAUUUUAGCUAUGUCAUUAUAUCCCCUGUAACUGUAUCGUAUGCCCUUAAAUAACAAUUCAUUGCAAAGGUUUAAUAUCAUACUAGUAUCCCACGGGAAAAUAAUUUUGAAUAUAUUUUUUAAUUUGGUUUAUAGUCGCAACUUCCAUUCUUCAACUGCCUAUGUUAUCUCGUACUUAUUUCUACUAUAAUUUUGUAUUGUAGUGUAAAAUAAAUGCAGUAUGAUUUAAAAACAAAUAUAUUCACACCUUGUUCCAACAUCACUUUCAUCGAUAUUUGGGAAAUAAAAUAUUAUUAGUACCAAAUAAUUGCCUUUAACAUGCCAACUUUUUUCUAAUAAUAAUUCAUGUUGAAUUUGUUCUAGAAAUGAUUAUUCUGUUAUUGCUUUGUGUCCUUUAAAAAAAUGCCUAUCAUUUGAAUAUUUUUAUGGUUAUUACAAAUUAAUAUUAUGGAAAGGAUGUUAUGUAACACGCUCGACUAUUUCAAAGGGUUAUUGCAAAGCGUGACAAAGGAUUUUAUGCAUUUCGCAAAAUUCUUAACUCGUCUAGCAAGUAUUGUUCUCAAUAUUUACAACUUCUACUAAGAUUAAAUAACGAUUUGUAGUUUAAUGUCAUUUGAAGUCAUAUUAACAACAAAUUAAAUAUCCAAUAAUUAUUGUUAAUAUCAUAAAAGUUUCAUAUUUUUUACUGUAACCUAACAUUUUAAAAGUCAUAAAUUUUCCCAUCGACAAUCCUUUCUGACUUUGAUGUAUGUAGUAGGCGUAUGUUCUUAUAGUAUUGUCUAUACGAAGUAUUAUGCGGAUUUACAGCCGAUUUCAUUGAGUGUGUAGGCAAAGGUAAUAUAUUUGGUUAGAUUGCUUGUUAGCUGAACCGUGAAAUUAUUAUUAUGUAAGGUAUGCUACACUCCUUUCGAAGUAGACUAGACCUACAGACAGAUCGAUUUGUUUUCUGUCGGACUAGUUUACUCUAAAAGGAGGGUAGUUAACCUAACCUAAUAAUGACUUCACGGUUCAGCUAGCAAACUUUCUCUCCAAAGAUAUAACAUUUGCCUACACACUCACUGCAUUCGACUGUAAGAGUAUUUUUCUUCAUUUAAUUCAAGUUGGAAGUCAUAAUGUAUAUAGUCAGAAAUUAUACCAAUAGGAAACAUGUGUAGGUUAUUUGUUUUAUCUACUUGUAUACACUAAUUGGUGCUACAAUAUUAUCUGUGAUAUUAUUACAUGUAUAUUUAAUUUAUAUAUCAAUGGCACGUGUUAGCUUUGGCAUGAUCUGAAAUGCUUUAAAUUAUUUAUUUUUUUCUAACGGAAAAAAUGUUUUACUGGUACUACGUCCAAAAAUAAUAUUACUGUAAAUGACAGAUGUCCUUCAAAUGUUUUGCAUAAAGGUCAUGUGUUGUUAUACCGAUGUUGACCACCUUACGCUGUCACGAUGUAGUUCAGCAUUAAAAGCAAUGUUCCUUAAUUUAUGUUGAUGACCCAGUUUAUUGUUGAGUUAAAAGUAUUUUUCCAAUUUUUGUUUUAUUACUGAAAUACUUUAAGAAUUUGAAAUCCGUCCUUUAUUUUUACAAAUCUAAGCAAUAUAUAUGCACGUAAUGUAAUAUAUUUUACACUUUAUAUUUGAAGAUUUACGCAAUAAAUUGUUUUUAAAAAAU